AAUUACAGAGUACGUUAAAAGAAAAAUGACAAUGCAAGAUAUAAACAUUCAAUUGAUAUUGCCUACGUUGGGAAGUCAGUCGUAACAAAUUUUCUUACGUUGAAACGUCGUUGAAAGUAGUCUUCUUAAAUUGUAUAGGUGAGAUACGUCUAAAUGAAAACUGAUGUUGCAUUGAUUACUACGCAACUAUUUUCGAUACCCGUGAAAGUUUUAAGUCCAAAUAACGAACGCACACGUUUGAACAUCGCCUGUUUUUCGAGUUUGAUACUUUUUUUGUGUUCAGUCGUAAAUCAUUCAAAACAAUGCUAAAGAGGGUUGUAUCGACUGCGAAAUCAACAUUUGGUAAUAUUUACUCCCGCUCCGUUACAAAAUUGUCAGUGAAACAAAAGGAGAAUGUUGAAGAUAAAAUGCAAGCUUGGCAGAUACACUCGUACGGUGGUCUAGAAGAAUUGAAGCUUUCAACCGUUCGAAUUCCAGUGAUUGCUAGACCAACAGAUAUACUAGUGAGAAUUGAAGCGUCUAGCGUAAAUUCAAUAGACAUCGCUAUGAUGGGAGGAUAUGGAGCAACAGUUCUAAACUUAAUGAGAAAAGCAAGAAAUCUUACCGGUGGACAAUACGAAGGGCUAGAACUUCCUUUAACAAUGGGUAGAGAUUUUUCUGGUGUAGUAGUUUCAAAAGGGCACGGCGUGGGCAACAGGUUAAAGUUAGGCGAUGAAGUAUGGGGUGUAGUUCCACCCGAGCAACAGGGUUGUCAUGCUGGUUAUGCACUUGUGGAUACUGAUUUAGUGAAUCCACGUCCUAAAAAUAUAUCACACAUAGAGGCAGCUAGUAUAUUAUAUGCUGGUCUUACAGCAUGGUCUGCGUUAUGGAUUACUGGUGGAUUGUGUUACAAAACUGUCAUGACCACCAGAAAGAAUAACAGAGUAUUAAUAUUGGGUGGUUCAGGUGGCGUAGGAACAUUGGCAAUACAGCUCGCAAAGGCUUGGAACAUGCAUGUCAUAACUACUUGUAGCAGCGAUGCCAUAAAUCUAGUACAAAAGUUAGGGGCAGAUGUAGUAAUCGAUUAUAAAUUAGACGAUGCAGAUUCUAGACUAAUUGUGGAAGGACCAUACAAUAUUAUUUUGGACUGCGCAAAUCAUGGUCCGUAUAAAAUACGAUCAAAGGGCUAUCCGCACUGUACAUACAUAACUUUGAAUUCACCGUUAUUAAAAAAUAUCGAUCGACAUGGAUUGAUUGCUGGAACGGUGAAAAACAUAGGAGAGUUAAUGAAAUAUAAUAUCCCAUCUGUUGAAAAUAAAAGUUUCGUAAAGUGGGGCUUUUUUACACCUUCUCAAGUAGGAAUCAAAGCUCUUCAAGAAUUUAUUGAAAGCGGAAAGAUUAUCCCUGUGGUGAAGAAAGUAUACCAAUUUCAAGAAUUACCACUGGCAUAUGAUCGAAUGGCUCAGGGUCAUUUACGGGGUAAACUAGUUAUCGAUAUGAGAUAGUACGUCGAUGUGAAACGACAUCUUAACUAGUAGAGAUGCAGUAUGUAAAGAAAGAACUUAUUUCGUUCAAUAAUACU